UAACAGCGUCAGAAACAUUCGCUCUGUUUUCGAGUAGAUUUUCCAAUCCCAUCUUUACUCUGUUUUUGUCUUUGUUUCGUUUCUUCAUUUCGCGAUGACAACCGCCGCUGAAACUAAAGCUCCGGCCGUCGAGGUUGCUCCGGCUACGGUGCCGGUAGAGAGUAAGAAGGCAGCGAAGCCUGUGAAGGAGAAGAAGCCUAAGGUCCCUAAGGAAAAGAAGCCGAAGCAGUCCAAGACGGCUUCGCACCCUCCAUACUUUCAGAUGAUCAAGGAAGCUGUGCUGGCUCUGAAAGAGAAGAGCGGAUCGAGUCCGUACGCGAUCGCCAAAUACAUGGAGGAGAAGCACAAGGCGGUGCUUCCAGCGAAUUUCAAGAAGAUGUUGGGUCUUCAACUGAAGAACUCUACUUCCAAAGGAAAGUUGAUUAAGAUCAAGGCCUCGUACAAAUUAUCCGAGGCAGGGAAGAAGGAAAAGCUCGCAACUAAGGUUACAAAAGCCAAGGCGGUGAAGAAGACCAAAGUUGCCAAAACGAAAUCAGUCGCUGCUCCAAAAACCAGGGCAACACAGAAACCCAAAGCCGAGAAAGUUAAGAAAGCUACUAACGUGGCGAAGAAGAAGAAGGCCAAGAAAUCGACCCCUAUGAAACCAAAACAGCCCAAGUCGAUCAAAUCUCCGGCUGCUAAGAGGGUCAAGAAGGCCGCUGCCUGAACAAAUUAAUGUUUUAAAUAAAUAAAAUUAGCAUGAAAAUUAAAUAUUAGUUUUCUUUUUUUCUAAUUAGGUAUCUUAUGUAAAUGAUGAAGUUCUAGUUUUUCUUUUUCUUUUUCUUUUAGAAGGUUCUGCAGAUGUUUGAUUAUAUAUAUAUAUAUGGUUGUCUCUGCAAUCUGCGUUUUUCGGUACCUUUCGAAUGAAAUGGAAAAUUUAGCUUUGUAA